GGCGGCGAGCGCGAGGCCGGGCGCGAGCCUCGCCCACCCAGGUUGACCCCGAAGGCGCACGUGCGCGCGCUGGGAGGGCGCGCGGGGGCGCGUCGGGCAAAGGAGACCCAGGCCCCGCGCAGGGGCGAGGUUAGGGAAGGGGACGCUUGUGCCCGCUCAGGGAGUCUAAGCCCCUCAGUCCCGAAUGCCACUCUGACAAUCACCUUCACUCUCUGAAAGGAAGGGGGACCGCUGGGGGUGGUGUUAACCGUGGCCCCGUCCUCUCGGAUUUCUGAUCGGUUGUCAUGGUAACCCUUCCCCAGCCUGGAACCGCCCCCCUCUCCCCUCCCCUCCACCUUGGGGGUUGCUGGAGUUCCAAAUCUCUCAGUUUUCCUCCAGGAGGAGGUUGCUAAGGUAACCUAAGUCCCCAGUGGUCCUUCUGCCCCUCUGCUCAUCCAUCACUAUGGCAACCCUCCCUCACCUAGGACUCAGGUGAGAAGGACCCCAGCCCCGAGGACACUGAUCUCCGAAAACACCUCUUCCCUCCCCCAUAGCCGCCCAGUUCUCGUUACCAUGGUAACCGUCUACCCCUUCCCAUCGUGGGAGGUCCAUGGAACAAACCCACCAGGUGUUUUUAUUUAGAGAAGAUGCUCUGCUGAGGGGCGGUUGCUAUGGUUACAGGGCCUGGCCCAUCCCCAGAGAGGUGAAAAGCUGUCACCAAGGCCCAGCCCUGGCUACUAUGAUAACAAGCAGUCCCUUCCCAUGACCCUGUCUAGGCUUUCCAAGGUGGAGGUGAGGUAGGGCGCAAAGGAUUUAGGGUUGCCUCUGGGGGGGAGAAGGUGUGUCUAGGGGAGCAGUUGCCAUGGUAACAGCUUCUGUCACAUCUAGCCCUACCUUUUCUGGACCCAUUCAUGAGAGAGGUGCUUAUACAUGGCUGUGAUAACUAGCGUCCCUCCCAUGGGUCCCACCCCACUCCGGAGCUACCCCAGGUGGUGCCUGAGCUUCGGGGACCUCAAAAGCAAAGAGCCCCUGAUUUUCCAGCUGCCAUGUUUGUGGGUAAGAUGAAACUGCUCUGCUGUGCAGAACUGGCUGACUGGGGUUUCUGGUUCCCCUUUUCUCAGCGGCGCAGCUGAGCAGGACUGGAACUGCCCUCCGGCAACUUCCCCAGCCUGCCACCUAGGAGGAUGCCCCGGAAGCCCAGCUAGGGCCUGACUUCACCUCAUGCGGCUCACCCGCUGCCAGGCUGCCCUGGCAGCCGCCAUCACCCUCAACCUCCUGGUCCUCUUCUAUGUCUCCUGGCUCCAGCACCAGCCCAGGAACUUCCGGCCCGGGGCCCCCCGCCAUGCGUCUGCCGUUGGCCCCCGUGUCACCAUCCUGGUGCGGGAGUUCGAGGCCUUUGACAACGCGGUGCCCGAGCUGGUGGACUCCUUCCUGCAGCAGGACCCCGCCCAGCUGGUGGUGGUGGCGGCCGACACACUUCCCUACCCGCCCCUGGCCCUGCCCCACGUCCCCAACGUUCGCCUGGCGCUGCUCCAGCCUGCGCUGGACCGGCCGGCCACAGCCUCACGCCCCGAGACCUACGUGACCACAGAGUUCGUGGCCCUGGUGCCUGAUGGGACACGGGCCAAGGUACCAGGCCAGCUGGAACGCAUGGCCGAGGCGCUCCGGGCGGGAAGCACACGCCUGGUGGCCGCCCCGGUGGCCACAGCCAACCCUGCUCGGUGCCUGGCCCUGAACGUCAGCCUGCGCGAGUGGACUGCCCGCUAUCACCCGGCACCUGCUGCCCCCCGCUGCGAUGCCCUGGAAGGGGACGCUGUAGUACUCUUGCGAGCCCGUGACCUCUUCAACCUCUCAGCACCCCUGGCCCGGCCAGUGAGCACCAGCCUCUUCCUGCAGACUGCCCUCCGCGGCUGGGCAGUGCAGCUGAUGGACACCCCCUUCGCCGUGGCACGCCAGCCCCCGCUGGCCACGGCGCACGCGCGCUGGAAGGCGGAGCGCCUACAUGGAUAAAGAGUCGAGUGGUUCGGCUGCAACAAAGAGAGCUCGCGCUGCUUCGGGACUGUGGUGGGCGACACGCCAUCCUACCUGUACGAGGGGCGCUGGACGCCCCCAUGCUGCCUGCGCGCGCUGCGGGAGACCGCCCGCUACGUGGUGGGCGUGCUGGAGGCCGCUGGCGUGCGCUACUGGCUGGAGGGCGGCUCGCUGCUGGGGGCUGCCCGCCAUGGGGACAUCAUCCCGUGGGACUACGACGUGGACCUGGGCAUCUACCUGGAGGAUGUGGGCAACUGCGAGCAGCUGCGGGGGGCCGAGGCCGGCUCGGUGGUGGACGAGCGCGGCUUCGUGUGGGAGAAGGCGGUGGAGGGCGACUUCUUCCGCGUGCAGUACAGCGAGAGCAACCACCUGCACGUGGACCUGUGGCCCUUCUACCCCCGCAACGGGGUCAUGACCAAGGACACGUGGCUGGACCACCGGCAGGAUGUCGAGUUCCCCGAACACUUCCUGCAGCCUCUGGUGCCCCUGCCAUUUGCCGGCUUUGUGGCGCAGGCGCCUAACAACUACCGGCGUUUCCUGGAGCUCAAGUUCGGCCCCGGGGUGAUCGAGAACCCGGAGUAUCCCAACCCCGCUCUCCUGAGUUUAACUGGAGGCGGCUGAAGCCCUGGCACCCACGUCUGGCAUCAGGGGAACGUUCAGGCACAGGGAGCCGUCUUUCGCCUUCUGGGGCCUGUCUGGAUGUGGAGAAGCUUAGUUUGAUUGGUGUGGAGUUGGGGGGUAGGCAGUGGAGAGAGAAGUGGGGGGGAACUGACAGAGGGGGAGCACAGAGAAGCCUGGCUUUUGCGGGAGAGCACCAGGCUGAGAGUCGGAGGCAGCAACCCGAGAUUUCCGAUCUGUGUGGGAACGCCCUGUGUAGUCCUCAUAACUAAGAGAGCCUCUGGCGUUUGGUGGCCGGGGCCAGGGAUACCGAGUCGCCCUGCAAAACCCAGCACAGUCUUGGACUUUAGAGAAAUAACCUGCCUCAAGAUUGUAAGAGCCCUGCGGUCCGGACAGUUUUGUAAAGAGUGGGGUAGUGUGUGGGUUCUGGGGAAGUUCGAAUCCAGGCUCCACUACUUACUAGUCAAGUGACCUGGUGACUGUCACAGUUUCUGCGUGCCUCGGUUUCCUCCAGGAUUUUGUGAGUGCCCUAGUGACAAUAGCUCGGGAUCCGAGUCUUGGCUGCGCUGGAGGUGCUUUCGCCACUAGGGGGCGAGUCUGACCUGCUUCCAGUGGCCUCCUGUGGCCGACAGGGUUUCUCUGCCUCAGCUAUCCCGUCUCUGGAGCCUUGGGUCUUCUCUGUAAGCUCCUGGGGGAAGCCAGACGGCGACAGUUACCUCCCCUUCUCCAGAAGUGGGAUCUCCCUCCCUUCUGGAAGAACUGCAUGAAGCCCAUGCUGCUCUUGACCCCAAAUGGCAGAAGAGGAAACAGGCUCAGUGCCCCAAGUUGCAGGCUGGGGAUCUGGUGCCUGAUGGUAACUAUUACUGGUUCUGGGAGCGCUCUACACCUGUUAAACCGGAGGGAUAAAUAGUCACAGCUCACAUCCUCUGAGCACUUCUCCGGCCCAGCAUGACUCGUCAUGUUUCACCUGGGUGAGCUGAUUUAUCCCUCCUCAACCCUCAAGUGACACCUGCUGUUUUCAGUUUACAGAGAAAGCCACCAGGUCAGAGUGGUGCAGUUACCUGCCCAAGGUCGGACAGCUUAGGAAGUGGCAGGUCAGGGACUUGAACCCAGGCUGUCAGGCUCCAGAAUGCACACACUCUGACUCACUCACUACGCCCCUCUCUAGUCACGGUACCCAAGGGGGCCUUUUGGAGAGGCCAUGCCACUUAGCAGGGAAAACCAAUGGCCGCCUUCCUCUAGCCCCUGCACCUAAGAGGCCACUGUCUGGACGCGUCCUCCUGCCAUGCGUACACUUAUCUAUAAAUUAUGCACGUGUCCUACGGUCAGUUUGUGUAUUAGUAAUGAGCUUAAAUUAUUCCACUUUAAAUUAAAAAUGAAUAUGAAUAGA